GGAGCGGCCGUGACGAUGUGCUGACGUGGCUCUCAUCAGCAGCACACUGUGGAAACCCGUGGGAGACAGAGAGAGCACGGAGUGAAGAUCUGUCCUGCGGCACUGCAGUCUCUCUCAUUACCGGAAUAUCGUUCAUUUAGAGGCUCAAUGAUGGAGGUUCCACGCGUGGGACACAGUGUCAGCAGCCCCACGAGCCCGUGUGAGGACAUGAUAAAGAAUCUCAGUCUGGACGCCAUCCAGCUUUGUGAGAGAGAAGGAAAUAAGUCCCUGGACAGCGGCAUUGCCGAGAUGGAGGAACUUCCUGUUCCCCAGAACAUCAAAAUCAGCAACAUCACAUGCGACUCCUUUAAGAUCUGCUGGGAUAUGGACUCCAGGUCCAAGGAACGCAUCACGCACUACUUCAUCGACCUGAACAAGAAAGAAAACAAGAAUGCCAACAAGUUCAAACACAAGGACGUCCCCACUAAACUGGUAGCGAAAGCUGUUCCUUUGCCCAUGACAGUGCGAGGACACUGGUUCCUGAGUCCACGCACUGAAUACACUGUGGCCGUUCAGACCGCGUCCAAACAGGGUGAUGGAGACUACGCUGUGUCGGAAUGGAGCGAGAUCAUUGAAUUCUGUACAGCUGAUUAUUCCACUGUUCAUCUCACACAGUUACUGGAGAAAGCCGAGGUCAUUGCCGGCAGAAUGCUGCGGUUCUCAGUCUUUUAUCGAAACCAACACAAAGAGUACUUUGACCACGCAAGGGAGGCCCAAAACAACAAGAUGUUGCCAUCAGUGAAGGACAACAGCGGCAGCCACGGUUCGCCCAUCAGCGGGAAGCUCGAGGGCAUCUUCUUCAGCUGCAACACUGAGUUCAACACGGGCAAACCCCCACAGGACUCACCAUACGGCCGCUACCGCUUCCAGCUGCCAGCCGAGGAGCUCUUCAGCCCCAAGACAAACCUGUAUUUCGCCGACUUCUACUGCAUGUAUACAGCCUAUCACUACGUCAUUUUGGUGAUCGCACCAAAGGGCUCGUCUGGAGAUGAGUUCUGCAAGCAGCGCCUUCCAGCACUGGAUCUCGCCAACAACCGCUUUUUGACGUGCUCACAGGAUGAAGACGGCCAGCUGGUGUUCCACCAUGCACAGGACCUUAUCCUGGAGGUCAUCUACACCGACCCCAUGGAUCUGAGCCUGGGCACGGUAGCUGAGAUCAGCGGCCACCAGCUCAUGAGCCUGUCCACAGUCAACGCCAAGAAGGAUCCCAGCUGCAAGACCUGCAACAUCAGCGUGGGACGCUAACCUACGAAACUGAACCCUCCUGCUGCCUUGAACAGCACAGAAAAUCGCCUUCUUUCGCCGUCCUCCUUACCCAUUAUCAAACUUAUCCAUAAUUCCUUCUGGUGUCUGUAAGGCUCCUCCGCAGCAUGUGUCUCACAGCUUUUCGUUUACUAGCUUAUGGAUCUCGCCCCGGGGUUGGGUUAGAUAUGUUGUGCUCCUAUUUUUGUGUUGGGAUGUUGACCUGUCAAACAAACUGCUUCUUUAAUCCUAUUGGCUGUCAGACCUUCCUGUUAGAACGCAGAAUUGUAACCAAAGUUUACACAAAUUUAACACUAAACGCUCAUCAAGUCACUCAGAUCAGUGAAUCGAGACAACCAUUCUUAUGAGGCAUUAUGAAUGUGAGGAUAUCAAGUAAGAUAUCUCAAAAAAAAAAACGUGAUUGGACGUAUCUGUAGCAUGAUUGCAAACAUUUUUGGAAACGUUGACAUUAGCACUUCCAUAACUGUUCUUCAGCAGUGUUUCAUGUUAUCUAUUCCAACCCAUCCAGUAUACUGUGAUUUAACAUAUAAUAAAUGUGAUACGACGUGUAGAUAGAAAAAUAUUUAUUUUUUAACUGGUGAAUAGAAAAUGGACAGAAUCAGAAGUGCACAAUACAGGACUUUGGUGAUGGAAAAGAAAAGGUUCACGAUAACGCAAAUAUAUAUAGAUAAUUAUAUAUAUAUAUAUAUAUAUAUAUAUAUAUAUAUAUAUAUAUUUACUGUAUAAACCAAUGUAGAGUUACGUGCACUAUAGCUAACAUUCAAAAGCUACAUUUGUCAUUGUGGAUGUGUACAGCAAAUAAAUUUUGGGACGACGAUAACAUGACAGAAUAACCACACCUGAUUGUAGCACAAUUCAACAGUUUACGCUGGUUGGCAUGCAAAGACACUACACAAAGAUUGUAAUAGUUCAUUGCAGUAGAGCCGUCGGAAAGGAAAGAUAUUGAUUGUUUAGUUUCCAGAGAGUAGCUACUUGAGCAGAAUUGCACUUAAAGCGCACAUCCGCUUCUCAUGAACAUAUCUCCUACUUUGGGCUUCAGUAUUGUUUUUAGUGUACGACGUGAUUGGACAGUGUUCAUUUUAACCAAUAUAUCAUUUGUACUUCGUAUAUAGGAGGAAAACUGUGCUCUGUGAUAGCCACGUACCAUACUUUAACAUGUUUUUGAAAAAAAUAGAUCUUUAAAAAUACAGUCCUUAGCUCUUCUGGGAGAAUCUUUUCAGUUCUUGGGUAGUAUGUCUCAUUUUGUGCUCCCUUUUUAAUGCGAGAGACAAAUAUAUGAGAAAUAAACAAUUACAUUUUGUUAGUUCACACAAUGCAUACGAUUAUGGUUUGUUGCUGCUGUAUUUUUAUGUUAGGGAACUCAUUGAAAUUUGCAUAAAACCAUUAUUUUAAGUGCUCUGAGUUGUUUUCUAUCUAGAGCUUUGCAUUAUUUGACAGACUAAAGAUAGUGUCUCGCCCCAGAAAAUCAUGGAUCCUCAUUAGUGUGCAUAAUGUCACCAUGUUCCUAAUUAGAAUCAUAAACUAGCUUCAAACAAGAGCAAGAAAACGUGAAAAUUGCAUACGAUUCAACUUUGGUUAAAAAAAUCUUCUCCAAAAAUAAAGUGCCAUAUUCCAUAAACAUAUAUGAAUACUCUAUAUUUCCUUUUGCCCUUUGAAAUCUGAAUGAGGUUUGUAUCGAUCCGUCUCACUCUGUACACAGCACAGAGAUCGCACACGUUUGCGUUUAUGUGAUAGUAGCCACCAAAAGGCCUUGAUCGGUUCGGCCCAACCCAUUGAGUCUAGGACUUCCAAUGUGGUCAGAAAUUAUAUUAAAGUGCAUUUUAGCAUCAUUAUGGCACAAUUAUGUCAAAUGUAAAAACUCCAUUUGGUCCAAACAUUGGGUUCAACACUGAAAGGCAGAAAGAAUCUCUUUAACUCAGAUAGUCUAUGUGGUUUCCUGUUUGCUGAGCAACACUUCCAGUAAGCGUAAUUUGGCUUUGAGACUUUUGUACUCCUGGUACUCCUCGGCCAUGGGGAUUCGGUCAUCUUUUUGUGCGGUUCUUCAUUAUUUUGGCGGAGAGGGAAAGAAGAAAAAAAACAGAUACCGCAUGAAACGGAUGACUCUGUUAGAUUACACUACCAUUAAAACACACAUUUAACCCUUGAGUUGCCUUACUGAAGCAGUUUUGUACAUCAGUGGAUAGCAGAUUAAAUGGAAAUGUAUUUUAUUUAAAAAACAAAAUUCAUAUAUUGUGUACAGAAACAUUGUUUGUUUGUUUUUCUUCCUGGUGGUAUUAUUUUGUGUAUCAUAGAUGUGCAUUAUGCUAACUACGCCGAACUAUUUUGAACUUUAUUUUCCUUUUUCCUUCCUGUCCAUGUUCAAAAAGACAAAAGUAACAAAAUACCAUUAAAAUGUGUUAAUGCCACA